UGUUUGCCUCCAGGUUAAGGGUCGACCGGAAGCAGGAAGAAGAAGGGCAGGAGGGAGUAGGAUGGUAGGGGGUCCGGGAGGCGGCGGAUCCGUGUUGUGUCUACGGGGUCUGUUGCCCGGGAUGGUACUAUCGCCCCUGCUCUUUCUUCAGCUCUUUCUGGCUGUGACCACGCCACGAGGAGCUGCAGAGCUGACAGAUGGCAACAGCGAGCACUUGAAGAGGGAGCAUUCUCUCAUCAAGCCUUACCAGGGGGUUGGCUCCAGUUCAAUGCCCCUCUGGGAUUUUCAAGGGAGCACAAUGCUGACUAGCCAGUAUGUUCGACUGACCCCUGAUGAGCGCAGCAAGGAGGGCUCUAUCUGGAACAGAGUGCCCUGCUUUCUAAAGGAUUGGGAGCUCCAUGUCCACUUCAAGAUCCAUGGGACAGGCAAGAAGAAUCUGCACGGGGAUGGUUUUGCCCUGUGGUACAAUCAGGAGCGCCUUACCGCAGGCCCUGUCUUUGGCAGCAAAGAUAAGUUCCAUGGAUUGGCCAUUUUCCUGGACACUUAUCCAAAUGAUGAAGCUACAGAGCGUGUGUUCCCGUACAUCUCUGCCAUGGUGAACAACGGGUCCCUGACAUAUGACCAUAGUAAGGAUGGUCGUGGGACGGAGCUGGCAGGUUGCACAGCUGACAUUCGUAAUCAGAACCAUGAUACUUUUUUGGCUGUCCGCUACUCUCGGGGACGAUUGACAGUGAUGACUGAUGUGGAGGACAAAAAUGAAUGGAAAAAUUGCUUUGAUGUUGCUGGAGUCCGGCUGCCCACUGGCUAUUUCUUUGGUGCUUCUGCUGGUACAGGAGAUCUAUCUGACAAUCAUGACAUCAUCUCAAUGAAGUUGUUCCAGCUGAUGGUAGAACAUCCACCAGAAGAAGAAAAUAUUGAUUGGACAAAGAUUGAGCCUAGUGUCAGCCUCCUGAAGUCACCGAAAGAUAAUGUGGAUGACCCAACGGGAAACUUCCGCAGUGGGCCCUUGACGGGGUGGAAGGUGUUUCUAUUGCUACUGUGUUCUCUGCUUGGCAUCAUUGUUUGUGCUGUGGUGGGAGCUGUGGUCUUCCAGAAACGACAGGAGCGGAACAAGCGAUUUUACUAGUUGGAGUCAGCCCAGAUUCUGGGCGCUUGGGGAAUAUUUUUUACAUGGGGGAGGGAGAGUUGUAUAGACUCAGGUUUCUAAAAGGCUCUUUCAGAGAAAUAUAUGGAUUAUUUUCAUAUCCUUUUUUUCCCACCCGGCAGCACAAGCCAGACAACCUGUGUCAAACAAUCAGGAAUGUAGGGUGUAGCCCUACUUGGGAGCUGUUUUUUCUCUCUCUUUUUGAAUGCUAUUCAGAGCCAUCAGCCCCUCUUAACACCUUUUUAAAAAAAGAAAUAAAUAAAACUGCGGUUAGAAGUGGUAAGUGUUCCUUCUCUGAGACAUGGCUCUGCAUGCCAGUUAGUAUCUACUUGGUGGUUGCCCGCUAACUGCUGGGGGUAAUUUUCUUGCCUGGCUGUUAAACCUAUUUCAAGGUGGAUGUUUUGAACUGAAUGUAUUUUGUAGUCUCACUGGCCCUGGAACUUCCUUUUAGUACCAGCUCUUCCUGUAUUGCUGCAGGUGAGACUAAUUUACACCAAAACAACUGGUGACCAUCAAAUGUGACCUCCCCGCCCUUUGGUGAUGGAAUCUGUGAUUGCAUUGGUUUGGGAGAGUGGGGACUUGAUUUUUCGUUACUGUGGAGUAUAUGCCAAAAUUUGCUCAGAGACUCAGAUCCUGCUCUGAACCAUCUAAUUAAACAUCUAAAAUAAGUGGUUCUGGUGACAGGAUCAUACCUUGCCAUAGCACAUAGCUGUGUGUGCAUCUGCAAGAUGAUAGGUGAAAAAGAGGGUGUAUGAAAUAAAAGUGGAAAACUGACCUCAA